AAAUUCUCCACUCCCACUCUACUGCGGACCCGGGAACACACACACUUUAAGGAAUAACCAUUUGCAGCUGAACGUCUGGAGCCCUUGGGAGACUCAUGGAUAGUUCCUCCAGGAGCCUGCAAUGAUGGAGAGCCUACGGAGACACAGGAAUCCCCCACAAUUUCUGAGAAGUCCUGGCAUUCAAGAAGUACGUGCUCCACUUAGGAAGAGACCUGAAGAGGAGUUGCAGUGCCUGGAAAUGACAACCAAACGGAAGAUCAUCGGCCGCCUGGUGCCGUGCCGAUGUUUCCGAGGCGAAGAAGAAAUCGUCGCAGUGUUGGAUUACUCCCACUGUGGCCUUCAGCAGGUGCCAAAGGAGGUCUUUAACUUUGAACGGACCCUAGAGGAACUUUAUCUAGAUGCCAAUCAAAUUGAAGAGCUACCUAAGCAAUUGUUCAACUGUCAAGCUCUCCGAAAACUGAGUAUCCCAGAUAAUGAUCUUUCGAAUCUGCCAACCACUAUUGCUAGUUUAGUUAAUCUCAAAGAACUUGACAUCAGUAAAAAUGGUGUACAAGAAUUUCCAGAAAACAUUAAGUGCUGUAAGUGUUUAACAAUUAUUGAAGCCAGUGUCAAUCCCAUUUCCAAGCUCCCUGAUGGCUUCACACAGCUCAUCAACCUGACCCAGCUGUACCUGAAUGAUGCCUUUCUGGAGUUUCUUCCAGCCAACUUUGGAAGACUUGUCAAAUUGCGGAUCUUGGAAUUAAGAGAAAAUCACUUGAAAACUCUACCAAAGUCAAUGCACAAACUGGCCCAGCUGGAGAGACUUGACCUAGGCAAUAAUGAGUUCAGCGAGCUGCCUGAGGUUCUGGAACAAAUACAAAACCUAAGGGAACUAUGGAUGGAUAAUAAUGCACUUCAAACACUUCCUGGGUCUAUAGGGAAAUUAAAGAUGUUGGUGUACCUGGAUAUGUCAAAAAACAGAAUAGAAACUGUUGACCUGGAAAUUUCUGGAUGUGAAGCACUUGAAGACCUCUUGUUAUCAUCUAAUAUGUUGCAACAAUUGCCUGACUCGAUAGGACUGUUGAAAAAACUAACCACUCUAAAAGUAGACGACAAUCAACUAACUGUGUUACCCAAUGCAAUUGGAAACUUAUCUUUAUUAGAAGAAUUUGACUGCAGCUGUAAUGAACUGGAGAGCUUACCUUCCACUAUUGGCUAUCUGCAUAGUCUUAGAACAUUAGCUGUUGAUGAGAAUUUUCUCCCAGAACUACCUAGAGAAAUUGGGAGCUGUAAAAACGUUACAGUCAUGUCAUUGCGCUCUAAUAAACUAGAAUUUCUUCCUGAAGAGAUUGGACAGAUGCAGAAAUUAAGAGUCUUGAAUUUGAGUGAUAACAGGCUGAAGAAUUUACCGUUCUCAUUUACCAAACUGAAAGAGCUUGCUGCAUUGUGGCUUUCAGACAAUCAAUCAAAGGCCCUUAUCCCUUUACAAACCGAAGCUCACCCAGAAACAAAACAAAGAGUUUUGACUAACUACAUGUUUCCUCAGCAACCUCGCGGUGAUGAAGAUUUCCAGUCAGACAGCGACAGUUUUAACCCUACUCUGUGGGAGGAGCAGCGACAACAACGAAUGACUGUUGCCUUUGAAUUUGAAGACAAAAAGGAAGAAGAGGACAGUGCUGGAAAAGUUAAGGAUCACCCUUGCCAUGCCCCCUGGGAAAGGGGCCAGCGUGGGAUUACCCUCCACCCUGCCAGACUGUCUGGCGACUGCUGCACACCGUGGGCCAGGUGUGAUCAGCAGAUCCAAGACCCUGACCCACAGCUGGCAUGGGGGUGUCUAAGUGGCCUCCAGCAGGACAGGAGCGUGUGCACUCCAUUGCCAGUGGCAGCCAAUUCCACCACUCUUCCCUCUCUAAGUGGCAGACAGGUUGAGAUAAACCUAAAACGAUAUCCUACCCCCUACCCAGAAGAUUUGAAAAAUAUGGUAAAAUCUGUUCAAAAUCUGGUGGGAAAGACAAGCCAUGGAGUGCGUGUUGAGAAUUCAAAUCCAACGGCCAACACGGACCAACCUGUGAAAGAGAAGUAUGAACACAAGUGGCCAGUCGCCCCAAAGGAAAUUGCAGUUGAGGAUUCCUUUGUUCAUCCAGCCAGUGAAAUGAGGAUUGGGGAACUUCACCCUUCACUGGCCGAGGCUCCGCUAUACCCUCCCAAACUUGUUCUUCUAGCAAAAGACAAAAAGGAAUCAACAGAUGAGUCUGAGGUCGAUAAAACUCAGUGUCUGAAUAACAGUGUUUCCUCGGGUACUUACUCAGACUACUCACCUUCUCAGGCUUCCUCAGGAUCAUCGAGCGCCCGCGGUAAAGCAGCGUCUUUGCAGACAACAGCUAAAGAUGCAGGAAAUCAUUCUCUGUGGGGCAACAGGAUUACGCAGUCUUUUCCACAGCCUAUUGACUCAAAGCCAUUACAGCAGCGUGAGCCUGUGCCACCAGGGAAUUUGCCCCCACGUCCUGAAAGGCGUCCGAUGAGUGAAACGUUUGCCGAUCACUAUGAUGGCUCCCAUUAUGAUAACACGGGAUUUGUUGCUGAGGAGAACGCAGCAGAGAAUGCCAACAGUAACCCUCUGUUAAGUUCUAAAUCUAGAAGCACAUCUGCUCAUGGGCGUCGGCCUUUGAUUAGACAAGACAGGAUAGUUGGCAUUCUGGAACUUGAGCAGUCUACCCAUAGACACACACCUGAAUCAGAAGUGCCUCCUUCCAAUCCUUGGCAGAAUUGGACCCGAACCCCCAGUCCUUUUGAAGACAGGACAGCUUUUCCUUCUAAAUUGGAGACCACCCCCACUACAAGCCCUUUGCCAGAAAGGAAAGACCAUAUAAAAGAACCAGCAGAAAUAGCGAGUCCUUUCUCUUCCGGAGUCCCCUGGGAGUACCAGGAUUCCAAUGCAAACAGGAGUCUCAGUAAUGUCUUUUCUCAUAUUCACUGCCUCCCAGAGCCUUCCAAAGGGGUGAUUGCAAUUAGCAAGAGCACAGAGAGGCUUUCCCCACUGAUGAAAGAUAUCAAGUCCAAUAAAUUUAAAAAGUCACAAAGUAUUGAGGAGAUAGACAUCGGUACGUACAAAGUUUAUAACAUACCAUUAGAAAACUAUGCAUCUGGUAACGAUCACUUAGGAAGCCACGAAAGGCCAGAUAAGAUCAUGGUGCCCGAGCACGGCAUGUCCAGCAUGUCUCGGAGUCAGUCGGUGCCCAUGCUGGAUGACGAGAUGUUGACUUACGGCAGCAGUAAGGGGCAGCUGCCGCAGAAGCCCUCUGUGACCAAGAAAGUCUAUCAGUUUGACCAAAGCUUCAACCCGCAAGGAGCAGUCGAGGUGAAAGCAGAAAGAGGUGCCGCCCCUUUCCAGCAGAACCCUGAGUAUCUGGCACAGCCUGGUCAAACUCUCGCCAAGGAUCUGGUCAGUCCGAGAGCCUACAGAGGCUACCCCCCCUGGAGCACAUGUUUCUCCUUCUCUCAGCCCUCCGUCAAUGAGGAGGCCAUCGUUAGCCAGUUGGCCAGCCAGGGUUCCAGGGCUGGAUUCCUCAGAAGAGCCGACUCUCUGGCGAGCUCCGCAGAAAUGGCCAUGUUCAGAAGGGGUCAGUGAGCCGCACGAAGUGCCCCCAGUGAUAGGUAUGGCAGGCCUCCGUAUAGAGGCCUGGACCGCCAAGCAGCGCCUCAGUAUCUGAUCCCAGUUCCCCUCAAAAGGAAUGGCAGGUAUGAAGACGAACAUCCUUCAUAUCACGUGAAAGCCCAGGCGGGAAGUUUUCCAGUUAAAAACCUUACCCAAAGGCGGCCAUUGUCUGCAAGAAGCUACAGUACAGAGAGUUAUGCCUCCCAAACCAGACCAGUUUCAGCUAGGCCUACAAUGGCAGCUCUUUUGGAAAAGAUACCGUCUGACUAUAACUUGGGUAACUAUGGUGACAAGCCGUCAGAUAACAGUGAUUUAAAGACAAGGCCCACUCGGGAAGGAGAGGAGAGCUGUGGGAAAAUGCCUGCAGAUUGGGAGGAACAACAGCUGCUUAGACAUAUAGAAGCUAGAAGGUUAGACAGGACCCCGUCCCAGCAAAGCAACAUUCUAGACAAUGGACAAGAAGAUGUAUCUCCCAGUGGCCAGUGGAACCCCUAUCCACUUGGGAGGCGGGAUGUACCUCCGGACACAAUUACUAAAAAGGCAGGCAGCCACAUCCAGACACUGAUGGGCUCUCAGAGCCUCCAGCAUCGGAGUCGGGAGCAGCAGCAGUACGAGGGCAAUGUCAACAAGGUGACCAUCCAGCAGUUUCAGUCGCCAUUGCCCAUUCAGAUCCCCUCCUCCCAAGCCUCCCGAGGGCCUCAGCCUGGACGGUGCUUAAUUCAAACUAAAGGGCAACGGAGUAUGGAUGGAUACCCAGAGCAGUUUUGUGUGAGAAUAGAAAAGAAUCCUGGCCUUGGAUUUAGUAUCAGUGGUGGAAUUAGUGGACAAGGAAAUCCAUUCAAACCUUCUGACAAGGGUAUCUUUGUUACUAGGGUUCAGCCUGAUGGGCCAGCAUCCAGCUUGCUGCAGCCUGGUGAUAAGAUCCUUCAGGCAAAUGGACACAGUUUCGUGCAUAUGGAACACGAGAAAGCGGUCUUACUCCUGAAGAGUUUCCAGAACACAGUAGACCUAGUUAUUCAGCGUGAGCUUACUGUCUAAAUAUUUUUUAUACAUAGUGAAGAUUCGUCUAAUCAGACCUAAUGUUCAAAGAUAAAUUUAUACAUAGGAAAACAUUUUUGCCAAUUGCUGGACCAAUGGCAAACACUAGUGCCAAAUGUAUAAUACUGUAUGUCAGUACUGACCCUCCUUAAAAAUGUUCACUCUAUAAAUAGGACGUUCAUGUGGUGAUGUAUUAGUUCUCAUUGUCAGCCUCUGGCUGGGCAUUGGUGCGGGGCUUUUCUUUUCUUUCAUUUUGUGUUUUUUUUUAAUCAAAUGAGUUUCUUUUCAAAGUGGAUUUCCUAUCAUUUCAGAGCACCGAAGCACACACAAGCUCUUUAAGAAUUCCGCUCUCCAUCAGAAACACUGCCUCAAAAUUGUAUAUGCCUUUCUAUAGAAAAUACAGAUAUAAAGAAUUGUAAUUCCCAUAAAAUAUUUCUAGCACAAGUUAUAUGUUGGCAUAUAUUCAAAAAGAAUAUAGAGAAAAUGAUAUUUUCAUAAACUAAACACCUCGGAUUGAGAAAGAAAAUAUAUCUUAAAAUAAGACUUUACUAUGUUGAAUCUUUUUCAAUAAAAUACAUGAUAAUGCCUUAUGAAAGUAA